AUGACCAAGGACAAAGAACCCAUGGUCAGGAGCUUUCACUUUGUUUGCCUGAUAACCUUAAUAGUUGGAACCAUAAUCCAGUUCUCUGCUGGAAGCGAAUUUGUAGUAAAUAAGUCAAACAAAGGCCUUACUCAUGUUCCAAAAGACCUGCCACCCAAAACCAUAGACUUAGAUCUGUCUCAAAACUACAUAUCCGAGCUUCACCUCUCCGACAUCAGCUUUCUUUCAGGGCUCAGAGUUCUGAGGCUUUCUCAUAAUAGACUCCAGUACCUCAAUAUUAGUAUUUUCAAGUUCAACCAGGAUUUGGAAUAUUUGGAUUUGUCACACAAUCAGCUGCAGAAGAUAUCCUGCCAUGCUAUCACGAGCCUCAAACAUUUAGACCUCUCAUUCAAUGACUUCAGUGCCCUGCCCAUCUGUGAGGAAUUUGGCAACAUGACUCAACUGAAUUUCUUGGGAUUAAGUGCUAAACAUUUACAGCCAUUAGAUCUGCUACCGAUUGCUCACUUACAUCUAAGUGGCAUCCUUCUGGAGUUGGAAGGUUAUUAUGUGAAAGAACAUGAGACAGAAAGUCUUCAAAUUCUGAAUACAAAAACACUUCACCUCGUUUUUCACCCAAAUAAUUUCUUCUCUGUCCAAACAAACAUAUCAGUUAGUAAUCUAGGGUGUUUACAACUGAGUAAUGUUAAACUGAGGGAUUGGAACUGUCACAUUUUAAUUACAUUUUUAUUAGAACUAACUAGAGGUCCAAACCUAUUAAAUAUUACCCUCAACAAUGUGGAAACAACUUGGAAAUGUUUGGUUAGAGUUUUUCAAUUCCUUUGGCCCAAACCUGUAGAAUUUCUCAAUAUCUACAAUUUAACAGUAGUUGAAAAUAUUGGUAAAGAAGAUUUUACAUAUUCUGAAACGUCUUUGAAAGGGCUGAAAGUUGAACAUGUUACAAACAGAGUUUUUCUUUUUUCACAGACAGUAUUAUACACUGUGCUUGCUGAGAUGAACAUUAUGAUGUUAACCAUAUCAGAUACGCCUUUUAUACACAUGCUUUGUCCUCAAGCAACAAGCACAUUUAAGUUUUUAAACUUUACCCAGAACGUUUUUACAGAUAGUAUUUUCCAAGAAUGCUCCACUUUAGUUAGAUUGGAGACACUGAUCUUACAAAAGAAUAAAUUAAAAGACCUUUUCAAAGUAGGUCUCAUGACUAAGGAUAUGCCAUCUUUGAAAAUGCUGGAUGUGAGCGGGAAUUCCUUAGAAUAUGAUGGACGCGACAGAAAUUGCACUUGGGCUGAGAGUAUAGGGGUGUUAAAUUUGUCUUCAAAUAUACUCACUGACACUGUUUUCAGAUGUCUACCUCCCAGGCUCAAGGUUCUUGACCUUCAUAGUAAUAGAAUAACAAGCAUCCCUGAAAAUGUCCUCGGUCUGGAAGCUUUGCAAGAACUCAAUGUUGCUGCCAAUUCUUUAGCCCACCUUCCUGAAUGUGAUUCCCUCAGCAGCCUCUCUGUACUGGUCACUGACUAUAAUUCCAUUUCCAACCCAUCAGCUCAUUUCUUCCAGAGCUGCCAGAAGAUCAGGUCCAUCAGCGCAGGAAACAACCCAUUCCAAUGCACAUGUGAGCUAAGGGAAUUUAUCCAAAGUAUAGGCCAAGUUUCCAGUGAAGUGGUAGAGGGCUGGCCUGACUCAUAUAAGUGUGACUAUCCAGACAGCCAUAAGGGAACCCUACUGAAGGACUUCCAUGUGUCUCCAUUAUCCUGCAACAUAGUUCUGCUGAUUGUCACCAUUGGGGUCACUGGGCUGGUGUUGGCUGUCACUGUGACUGCCCUCUGCAUCUAUUUCGACCUGCCCUGGUAUCUCAGGAUGGUGUGUCAGUGGACCCAGACCCGGCACAGGGCCAGGAACAUACCUUUACACGAACUCCAAAGAACUCUUCAGUUCCAUGCCUUUAUUUCAUACAGUGAACACGAUUCUGCCUGGGUGAAGAAUGAAUUGGUGCCUUGCCUAGAGAAAGAAGAUAUACGGAUUUGUCUCCAUGAGAGAAACUUUGUGCCUGGCAAGAGCAUUGUGGAAAAUAUCAUCAACUGCAUUGAGAAAAGUUACAAGUCCAUCUUUGUUUUGUCCCCCAACUUUGUUCAGAGCGAGUGGUGCCACUAUGAACUCUACUUUGCCCACCACAAUCUCUUUCAUGAAGGAUCUGAUAACUUAAUUCUGAUCUUGCUGGACCCCAUUCCACAGAACAGCAUUCCUAGCAAGUAUCACAAGCUGAAGGCCCUCAUGGCACAACGAACUUAUUUGGAAUGGCCGAAGGAGAAGAGCAAACAUGGACUUUUUUGGGCUAACAUUAGAGCAGCUUUUAAUGUGAAAUUAACAUUAAUCACUGAAAACAAGGAUGUGAAAACUUAA